AUGGCAGACUCCAAGGUGAAGGACAUGGGCCUGGCCGAGUUCGGCCGUAAGGAGCUCACCUUGGCCGAGCAUGAGAUGCCCGGUCUCAUGGCUGCUCGCAAGGAGUUCGGCCCCGCACAGCCUUUCAAGGGCAUGAACAUCAAUGGCUCCCUGCACAUGACCAUUCAGACGGGUGUGCUGAUCGAGACGCUGUCCGCUCUGGGUGCCAAGGUGCGCUGGUGUUCGUGCAACAUCUUCAGCACACAAGAUCAUGCGGCCGCAGGCAUUGCUAAAGCCGGAACUGCAACGGUCUUUGCGUGGAAGGGCGAGACGCUGCCAGAGUACUGGUGGUGCACGGAGCAGAUGAUGACAGUGCCAGGAGCUGAUGGCUGCGACCAGCUGGUGGACGAUGGCGGUGACGCCACGCUUCUGAUCCACAAGGGUAAAGAGUUUGAGGAGAAGUUCGCCAAGGACGGCAGCCUGCCAGAUCCCUCCAGCACGACGAACGCGGAGUUCAAGUGCAUCUUGCAGCUGCUGCGUGACUCCAUCCAGGUGGACAAGACCAAGUACUCUCGCAUGGCGGCCAAGUGCAAGGGAGUCAGUGAAGAGACUACCACAGGUGUUCACAGACUGCGAGAGAUGGCCGCCAAGGGCGAGCUGCUCUUCCCGGCCAUCAAUGUGAACGACUGUGUUACAAAAUCCAAGUUCGACAACGUCUAUGGCUGCCGCCACUCGCUUCCCGACAGCAUCAUGCGCGCUACGGACGUGAUGAUCGGUGGCAAGCGUGCCUUGGUGGCUGGCUACGGAGAUGUGGGCAAGGGCUGCGCCUUCGCCAUGCGGGGUGCGGGCGCUCGUGUGCUCGUCACUGAAAUCGACCCCAUCUGCGCGCUGCAGGCGUGCAUGGAGGGCUUCCAGGUCGUGACCCUUGAGGAGGUCGUGGGAGAGGUUGACAUUUUCACAUCUGCCACCGGCAACUUCAAAAUUGUCACUCUGGAGCACAUGAAGAAAAUGAAGAACAAUGCCAUCGUGUGCAACAUCGGCCACUUCGACAACGAGAUCGCCAUGGAGGAUCUGGAGAAGUGCCCCGGCAUCAAAGUGGAGAACAUCAAGCCGCAGGUUGAUCGCUUCGUCUUCCCAGAUGGCCACGGUGUCAUAGUGCUGGCCUCCGGACGCCUGGUGAACCUCGGCUGUGCGACCGGCCACCCAUCCUUUGUGAUGUCCUGCUCCUUCACCAACCAAGUGCUGGCGCAGCUGGACAUCUUGGAAAACUGCACAAAGGCCAAGAAGUACAAGAACGACGUGUACUUGCUGCCAAAGAAGUUGGAUGAGAAGGUGGCCGCACUCCACCUGCCUGCGCUUGGCGCCAGCAUGACCAAGUUGAGCAAAGAGCAAGCCGACUACAUCGGUGUGCCUGUUGAGGGGCCUUUCAAGCCAGACACGUACCGCUACUAA